AUUUGGAGUUGUGUUGGUCUCUUGUCCAGGCAAGUGCAGAUCGGCCAGUUCUGUACCUUGGCGCCAAGUUGGCUGCAGCCUAUUCGCCUACUCACCAAACGGAUGGACGAACAGAUUGAUGGACGGAUGGAUGGACAAUCCGUGAUGCUCUCUUCCGGUUUGUGGCGACCGUGUUUGGCUGUCUGUCCGACUUGUGCUGGUGUGCUCUGCUCGGAGGCAAUGGGAGGCGGCAAAUUGGGUCUUUGGGAAUGCUGUUUGUCGACACGACUCGCAAUUCAGGCAUGA